AACACUGCACAUGCGCACUGGACUGAGCAGCUGGCGCCAAGCUUCUACGUACAUGCUCACUCAGAGAUAGCUGAGCAGGUUACCGCAGUGACUUUAACUACUUUUCGCUGCAGUUUAAGACAGUCGGUGUUAACUCUUAACGUUACACUUUUCACCCAUGUAAACGUGUUUGACAGACAGCCUGGAGCUACGAGGAAUUGUCACAAAGUGCGUCAUUUUUGGCACUAACGUUACGUUAGUUUGGCUGCUGCUGAUUUACUAGCUAAGAUACACGCAAUGCCUUCACUCUCUCUCGGUGGAGUGACAGUGAAUUUCCCUUUUCCUCCAUAUGACUGUCAGGUGGACUACAUGAACAAAGUGAUCGAGUGUCUUAAGAAGAAGCAGAAUGGGGUCCUGGAGAGUCCCACAGGUACUGGUAAAACUCUGUGCCUGCUGUGUGCCACCCUGGCCUGGAGAGAGUCCUUCAAGGACAACAUCUCUGCCCGCAAGAUAGCAGAGAGGCUAGGCGGGGAGGACAUGUUCCCAAAAACACCCCUGUCAUCCUGGGGGACGGCUGCUACGGACGGUGACACGCCAACCUACUACACCGAUGUUCCCAAGAUCAUAUACGCCUCCAGGACGCACUCUCAGCUGGCACAGGUUAUCAACGAGUUAAAGAACACUUCAUAUAGGCCAAAGGUGUGCGUGCUGGGAUCAAGAGAGCAGCUGUGUAUCAACCAGGAAGUCAUGCGUCAGGAAAGCAACCAUGUCAAGGUCCAUAUGUGCAGAGCAAAAGUUUCCACCAGGUCAUGUCUCUUCUACAAUAACGUUGAAGAGAAGAGCACUGACAGAGACUUGGCGAAUAAUAUCCUCGACGUGGAAGACUUGGUCAAAUUCGGCAACAAACAGAGGGUCUGUCCUUACUACCUCUCCCGAUCCUUGAAGCAGCAAGCAGACAUCAUUUUUAUGCCGUACAACUACCUGCUGGAUCCAAAGAGCCGCAGAGCGCACAACAUCGAGCUAAACGGAGCUGUGGUCAUCUUCGAUGAAGCUCACAAUGUGGAGAAGACGUGUGAAGAAUCGACGUCCUUUGACCUGACUCCCUACGACGUAGCCUCAGCCAUCACUGCUGUGGACCGGCUGCUGGUGGAGCAGGCUAGAGAAGUCAGCCACGGAGACUCUGUCCAAGACUUCAACGUGGAGUCGCUCAACUCUGGUUUUAAAAUGACAGUAGAGACCAUUGCCAAAAUCAAACAGAUAUUGCUGAGUCUGGAAGCUGCCGUCGAUUCCUAUGAAGUGCCGAGUGAAAAAGGCAUCACGAAACCUGGAAUCUUCAUCUAUGAGCUGUUAGAGAGAGCCCACCUGACCUACAAGAGCAAGACGGAGGUCUACGAAGCUCUGGAGCAGAUCACUGGAUACUUAGCAGGACAGCAAGGAGUGUUCCUGAACACAACAGGACUGCAGAAGCUUGCUAACAUCAUACAGCUGGUGUUCUGCGGCGAGCCGUCAGAAAAGGAGCGACAGCAGCAGAUGGAGUCCAACACGGCUUACUUUAAGGUUCACAUCCAUCGAGACAACAGCCAUCACAAGAAAAAGGCGAGCGCCGACGCGUGGGCGGCGCCUUCAGCAAAGAAACAAGGCAACAUCCUGAGUUACUGGUGCUUCUCUCCGGGCUUCAGCAUGCAGGAUCUGGUGGAUCAAGGUGUUCGCUGCAUCAUCCUGACCAGCGGGACCCUCUCCCCGCUCUCCUCCUUCACCUCUGAGAUGAGGAUAAAGUUCCCUGUGACUCUGGAGAACAGCCAUGUGAUCGAGCGUGACCAGAUCUUUGUUGGUAUCAUUGAAUGCGGCCCAGACGGAGUGCAGCUAAGUUCAGCGUUUGAUAGAAGGUUUGUUCCUGAAAACAUGGCAUCUUUAGGCAGCACUGUUGCCAACCUGAGCCGCGUGGUUCCUCAUGGUCUCCUAGUGUUUUUCCCCUCCUUCCCUUUAAUGGAAAAAACCCUGGACUUCUGGAGAGCUAACGGACACGCAGAUCGCAUCGAGAAUGUCAAACCCAUGUUUGUUGAACCCAAAGGAAAGGGCAACUUCAAUGAGGUUAUUGACGGAUAUUACAACAAAGUCAACGAUCCGACAUCCAAAGGAGGAACUUUCUUUGCUGUGUGUCGCGGGAAGGCGAGCGAGGGUCUGGAUUUUGCAGACACCUUUGGGCGGGGUGUGGUCAUCACCGGCCUUCCUUUCCCUCCAAAGAUGGACCCUCGAGUCAUCCUGAAGAUGCAGUUCUUGGAUGAGAUGAGUCGGAAGAAAACUCCUGGGGUCAAGUACCUGUCUGGACAGGAGUGGUACAGACAGCAGGCUUUCAGAGCUGUGAACCAGGCCAUCGGUAGAGUCAUUCGCCACAAGGAGGACUAUGGAGCCAUCUUGCUGUGUGAUCAGAGGUUCAAAGGCUCUAAUGCCAGGGCUCAGCUCCCAUCGUGGGUCAGGCCGUAUGUGCGUCUGUAUGCCGGCUUUGGGAACGUAAUCCGUGACGUCGCUCAGUUCUUCAGGGUCGCACAAAAAAUGAGGCCUGUGGUAGAGAAGAAGUCUGCAGCAGAAAGCUGUGAGACAGAGUCUUUACCAGACACUCUCCAGUCCCCUUGCUACACUUCCUGUUCAUCCUCCCAAAGCUCCCACACCCAGAAGGCCAAGGUGCUGGACGCCCACCUCCCCAGUCUGAAGAGGAGGAAACUCAACGAACACACUGGAGCCAAUGGGAUGGCCAGGAUCUGUAUCGAGUACGAGUGUGAGCUGCAGGAGAGUCAGAAGAGACCAGCCAACCUGCUGGACGCUCUGGACCGAGGGGACCAUUGCAGAGAGGACGAUGACUCCGUUGUGGGAGAAGAGAAGGCACACCGUCUGUCCACACUGUCUCUUCAAUGUGACAAGAGGAUGGAUGAUGAGUUGCGGGGAGGAAAACGUAAAAUCAAAUUGGUCCCAGAACAGAGAUCGAGGGCGUCGGGGACUGUCCCUGAGCGGGGGACAGCCAGCAGGGUGAAGGACUUCCUGGCAGAGAUGAAGAAGUCCCUGAGUCAGUGUAGCUUUGACCGCAUCAUAAAGGCUCUGCAGACCUACAAGAAGACUGACAACCUGGACGUCCUGCUGACUGAGACGGCCGUCUUAACUGAGGACGCCAAUACUCACAGUCUGCUGCGGGGCCUCUACCAGUUUAUCCGCCCACACCACAAGAAGAGGUUUGAUGAGAAGUGCCAGCAGCUGACGGGGAAGGGCUGUGGAUACAAACCUGAUCACUCGCUCUCUGUGGACGAAAAGAAAGCCCUGAUGCUGCAGAGCGCUGCAGCCAGUCAGCCUGUUGGGGGUCCAGGCUCCGCCUGCAGUCAGCUGAACACACAGCAGCUCAACAAGGGAGGACACCACCUUAACCAGCACGGACUGACACAACCUCACACUGCUGCAGCCAGUCAGCCUGUUGGGGGUCCAGGCUCCGCCUGCAGUCAGCUGAACACACAGCAGCUCAACAAGGGAGGACACCACCUUAACCAGCACGGACUGACACAACCUCACACUGGUGCUGCUCCAAAUAGUGACGUCCCCGCUACCUUUCUGGCUGAUGUGAAAAAAGCCGUCGGAGCAGAAAAGUCAGCUCAGCUCUUCCAGGCCAUUCAGAGCUACAAGAAGACAGACAACUACGAAACCCUGGUGACCACGGUGGUGAGCUUAUUCACAGAGAGAGACGAGGACUUCAACCUUCUAGUCAGAUUUGGCAUGUUUAUUCCCGCUCGCCAUAAGAAGCAGUACAAAGAGAUGGUGGAUGCUUUGAUAGGUAACUCUGUCUCUGCCGCUAAUGUUCCUGCUGUGAGUGAAGACCAGCAAAGACAAGCUUCAUCAUCACCGAAGACACAAAGCAAGCUCUCCAGUUUUUUCUCCAACAGCCAAAGAAAGUAGAAUCUGAGUUACAACAGCGUCCAUGUAUUUAUAAACCGCUCGUAACUCACACUGCUGACAAAACUAUGCACAAGCCAGGCUCUGUUCUGGGGCUUUGUGAUGUAAUUGUAAAUAAGGUGCAGUUUUCAAUUGUUUUGUAUUAAAAUGAAUUUCAUGACAAUGUAAUAUGGAGGAAUAUUAUGUUUUUAUGUGAAGUUUUUAAAUGUCUUCAACUAAUUAAAUUUAUGAAAUUACA